AUGUCACAAAUUGACUACGAUUCUCUUAGUCAAUAUUCAGAAGGCUUUUUGAAAAGCGGAUCUCAAUCGUGUUUUACUGAUACUUUAUCGCAAGUAUCGUAUGGAGAUGAUGGGUUGAUUGACGAGAACAGAGAGGUGGCGGACUUUGAUGUAGAAGAUGACCAGGAUGACGAAUUGACUGAGUUGCCAAAACAUUCGUGCAGGUGUGUUUUUAAUAUUUUAAAUUUAAUAUUAACGUAUGAAGAAUAAUUAUUGUUUUUUAGAUAUUGCGGUUAUCAUAAUCCUUUGUCGAUGGCUUUGUGCACUAUAUGUGAUAAGUGGUUUUGCAAUGGUAAAGGUAGUACUACUGGAAGUCACAUUGUUAACCAUCUUGUUCGGUCAAAUCAUCGUGAAGUAUCUCUUCACCGUGAUGGACCCCUUGGAGACACCCAAUUGGAGUGUUACCAUUGUGGAUCAAAGUAAGAAUUAAAUUCAUUUUUGUUUAAAAGUUUUCCAAUAUGUUUUGUAAAAACAUUGUUUUAGAAAUGUGUUUAUGAUGGGCUACAUCACAGCCAAGGCCGACUCCGUGGUAGUUAUGUUGUGCCGCAUUCCUUGUGCUUCACUGGCAGCUCAAAAGAGUACCAAUUGGGAAGCAGAAGACUGGAAACCGAUAAUUUCUGAGAGACAAAUUGUUUCUUGGAUUCUGAAAUUUCCAACUCAACAACAACAAAUGAGAUGCCGACAGAUCACUGCAGCUCAGAUAAACAGGCUUGAAGACUUGUGGAAGGUAUGUUUUUGUAUUAUUUAUUGUUUUGACCUUUAGGAAUUUCUAUAGAUAACAUUUUUAGGAAAAUGAAGACGCUACAGUUGAUGAUUUGGACAGGCCUGGAUUGGACGACGAACCAGAACCUGUAAGAUUACGGUACGAGGACGGUGUACAGUAUUUCAAUAUUUUGAAUCCUUUGGUUAGUUUGGAAGCUAUGUACGAUAGGAAGAUGAAGGAACAGAUGAGUUAUCCAGUAAAUCAAGUCAGAUGGGAUAUAGGGCUGAACAAGAAGUUGAUUGCUUCGUUUAAUCUACCGGAGUUUAGAGACGGAAGUAGGUUUUUAUUGGUAUUAUUUUCGUCAUAGCUAGUAGUUUUACAGUCAACUUUUAAAUUUAGAUAUGAAGUUGAUGAUUGGAGAUGAACUGAGGCUAAAACAUCAACAAACUGUGGACGGAAGCGAAUGGACAUGUGAAGGAAGGAUCAUAAAGAUUCCGGACAAUCACGGUGACAAGUUUAUGCUCGCUGUUGGUUGUAACACGGAGAUGCCUUCGAACAUGAGGACCAACUUUGUUUGUGAAUAUGUGUGGAAGGGUACCGCCUUCAAAAGGUAAUUAAGAUAACAUAUUGUCAAUGAUAUUUUAGAAUGAAAGAUGCUUUGAUGAGAUUGGCUAACAGAAAGUCGUGUGUCUCUCAGUUUAUCUACCACAAGUUGAUGGGACAUGAUGUUAACGAUAUCAAGUUCCACAUCAACCUUCCAAGGAGAUUAGAGACUCCAGGAUUGCCAGAGUUGAAUCAUUCUCAAGAAGAGGCUGUGAGAACAGCGUUGGUUCAACCUCUGACACUGAUUCAAGGGCCUCCUGGAACUGGAAAGACUGUGACGUCGGCUGCUUUGGUGUAUCACAUGGUGAAGGUGACGAAAGAACAAGUUCUGGUAUGCGCUCCGUCAAACAUUGCUGUUGAUCAGUUGGCUGAGAAGCUCCACAAGACUGGCUUGAAGGUUAUCAGAUUCUGUGCCAAAGGAAGGGAGACAGUGGACAGUCCUGUAGCAUUUCUGACGCUACACAAUCAACUGAAAGCUUUGAAUGGUCCUGGUGAAUUACAGAAGCUGAUGAGACUUAAGGUGUGUCACUUUUAGAGUUUAUAAUCUUUUAUAUUUUGUGAUUUUAAAGAUUUACGUUGUACUAUUUGUAGGAAGAAGUUGGCGAGUUGUCUCAAGGUGACGAAGCUCGAUUUAAACAACUUAUUCUGACCAAGGAGAAGGAGUUGCUGGCCAAGGCCGAAGUCAUCUGCUGUACUUGCAUCUGCGCAGCUGAUGCUAGGGUUAAAGAUCGUGAAUUCAGAUGUGUGUUGGUGGAUGAAAGCACUCAAGCGGCCGAACCAGAAGUGAUGGUACCAGUACUGAAGGGAGCGAGACAGCUCGUGCUGGUUGGAGAUCACUGUCAACUCGGUCCGGUUGUGAUGUGCAAGAAGGCUGGUCUGGCUGGGCUUUCGAAGUCGUUAGUGGAACGUCUUGUCAUGCUUGGAAAUCGACCAGUCAGACUUCAGGUUCAGUAUCGUAUGCAUCCAGCUUUGUCCGUCUUUCCCAGCAAUGUGUUCUACGAAGGAUCCUUGCAAAAUGGUGUUACAGAAUGUAAGUUUUUGGUUAUUUUAAAUUUAAAUAUUAAAAUUUUUUUUUUUUUAUAUUUUGUUGUUGGUAGAAUUAUUCUUUAUUUUUCAGCUGAAAGAAUGUUGAACGAUGUCAGCUGGAGUUUCCCAACUCCAGAAAAGCCUAUGAUGUUCUGGAACUGCUGUGGUCAGGAAGAGAUCAGUCCUUCUGGCACUUCAUACUUGAAUCGUGCGGAAGCUAUUUCAGUGGAAAAACUGACAACUCGCUUCCUUCAAGCCGGCUUCAAGCCCGAACAGAUUGGUAUUAUUACUCCUUAUGAAGGUCAGCGUGCUUACAUUGUGCAAUAUAUGCAAUCUCAAGGUACCCUGCACAGUAAACUGUAUCUUGACAUUGAAGUGGCCAAUGUCGAUGCUUUUCAGGUAUGAACUUAUAAUUUUUAAGUAUGAUAAGGGUUAAAUUUAUGUUCUAAAGCGCAUUACCUAGUUUUGAAAUUAACUUGUGUUUUAGGGUCGUGAGAAAGACUUGAUUGUCGUUACUUGUGUCCGAUCGAACUCUACUGGAGGUAUUGGCUUCUUAAAAGAUCCUCGACGUCUGAACGUAGCACUGACACGAGCCAAGUACGGAUUGGUGAUUGUUGGAAACGCGAAAGUGUUGGCUCGCCAAAUGUUAUGGAACAACCUCUUGACUGUUUUCAGAAACAAGGGAUGUCUGGUGGAAGGAGCCUUGAAUAACUUGAAGAAGACCAACAUGGCACUGCCUAGUCCGAAGCCGGUCUCGGAAAGGGAGAUUCAGGCUCACGGCUUCAUGAACUUGUCUUUGUUCACUACAACCGACAAUGGAGUGAAUCGUGGAGUAGAUGAUGCUGGUGACCCGUGCUUCUUCUCCAAUCGGGAUUCGAAGUCUUCGUUCGAAGACCCGCAGGGAUCACUAUAUUCAAGUUCAAUGCUCGGAGGGGCGUCAUUGCCCGUGCCUUUGCACAUGUUCAACAAUGGUGUAGUUGGUUCGAACGAAGGUGAUGCAUUCAGAACGGACGAUCGGAACGGUAUGUUUCUGAAUAUAAUUUUUUUUUCAAAGAUUUGGAUUUUGUUGACAUUAUUAUCUCCAACUAGGUAUUAGUUAAUUUUAUACUUGCGUUUUUCAGUACCUUUAAUGUGGCCUCCAAUGCCCGGUUCAGGAAAGGUUGAUGGAGAAUUACCCAGCUGGAACUAUGGCACAGGAAAAAGACGUCAGGUCCCGUCGUCAGUCGGGUCUUCUCAGGAUGGGUACGGUGUUUCCCAAGGAUUCUCUCAAGAUGGAUACUUGACAAGUGAGACUGAUGGCUGA